UCUCUGCAGUCUGCAGUGGAUAUGGCGUCACUGAAAAGUGUAGGAGUCGAGAAACUUCAAGAGUGUAAAUAACGUAAAGAUAGCUGUGUGGCCAGCAAGGUGACAAAGGUAGUAGCGUCAAACAGCCAAUUUUAAGCAUGCCUCGGAAAAAGCCAUUUAGCAACAAACAGAAGAAGAAACAGCUACAGGUCAAACGGGAAAGAAAGAGAGGUGACACAGGCUCUGGGCCCAGCAGCCGAAAUGCCAGUGUGGAGCGAGGAGAGAGGCAGUCUGACACCUCAGACAGUGAAACCACAGACAUUAUAAGGAGGAUAAACCAACAGCCCUUCAGUAAAGACGGCAGACAUGAUCCCAACAGGUUCCGACUGCACUUUGAGAAAGAGAGUAAAGAGGAGGUGGAGAAGAGGAAGAAGAUGGCCAGAGAGAAAAUCCUGCAGCCAGUGUCAGACAAAGAACAUGAGGUGGACAUCAGUGACAUCUACCCCACAGAGAAAGGUCUUGGUUUCCCACGACGACCGUCCUGGAAUUACGAGAUGUCACGGGAGCAACUGCUUAGGAAAGAGGAAAAAUCGUAUAGAGAGUACCUGGAUGACCUGCACUCCAGAAACCCACCUGGCUCUCUUAGUCACUUUGAGCACAAUCUGGAGACGUGGCGGCAGUUGUGGAGAGUGUUGGAGAUGUCUGAUGUCAUUUUGCUAAUUGUGGACAUCAGACACCCAGUGCUGCAAUUCCCUCCAUCCUUGUACCACUACAUCACUGGAGAUCUUCAGAAGCAGGUGGUCCUUGUGUUGAACAAAGCUGACCUGUGUCCCCCUCCACUUGUGAUCGCCUGGAAACACUACCUGGCCUCCCAGUUCCCCCACCUUCUAACUGUGUGCUUCACUUCUCACCCUGGACAACCCUACAGCACAGUGCUCCAGAAGAAGAGGAUGAGGAGGAAGGCUGGCUGGAGCCAGGCUGGAGGUCCUAUAGAUAUCCUGAAGGCCUGUCAGGAGAUCACUGCUGGAAGAGUUGACCUGACCAGCUGGGAGCAGAAGAUUCAGAGAGAUGCUGUUGCUGAGCGACCAGAUGAGGAUCGGCCAGAUGAGGGAGUGGACUCAGUGCUGGUGGAGCACCAGAGUGAUGCCGCUAUGGAGAUGAGCAACCCGUCCCAGGAACUCUACAAAGAUGGGGUUCUCACAUUGGGCUGCAUAGGCUUCCCAAAUGUGGGCAAGUCAUCUGUUAUAAACAGUCUGGUAGGGAGGAAGGUGGUAAGCGUGUCUCGAACCCCAGGCCACACCAAAUACUUCCAGACGUACUACCUCACACCCACGGUCAAACUGUGCGACUGCCCUGGACUGGUCUUCCCCUCCCGUGUCAAUAAGCAGUUACAGAUUCUGGCAGGCAUCUACCCAGUGUCUCAGCUGCAGGAGCCCUACAGCUCUGUCGGUUAUCUGUGCGAGCGAACACCCUUCCUUUCUGUUCUGAAGCUCAAACAUCCCAGCUUGGAGGAGAACCAGCCCCAGCAAGGACAAGAAGGGUCAGAAGAGCUCAGCUGGACUGCCUGGGAUGUGUGUGAGGCCUGGGCAGAGAGGAGAGGCUAUAAGACUGCAAAGGCAGCUCGCAACGAUGUGUACCGUGCAGCGAACAGCCUUCUGAGGUUGGCCAUUGAUGGCAGACUGUGCCUCUGCCUCAGACCACCUGGCUACAGCUGCCUGAAAGGGCAUUGGGAAAAUCACCCUGACAUACCGGAGAUCAUGGCUCUGCAAGGAAGGACAGAAGACGAUGGGGCUGGGGACAGGGAUGAGGAUGAGGAUGGCGAGUCGAGCACCGAGCCAGAGGAGGAAAGAGACAGAGACGCAGAUGAUGACGAGGAUGGAGAUGGGGAUGAUGAAGACGAGGGGUUUGGACGCCCAAAAAGGAGGGAUGAAAUGUCUUCUGGUCUCACUGUCAACAUGUACAAUGUCCUCAGAGAAAAUGAGUGCGAGUGAUGAUGGAGGAAAAGUUCAAGCAACAAGAAAUAAGUGGUCCCUCAUCGCUUGAUUUUCCCUGUCUGCCCCAGUGCACUUUCAUUCCUUUUUUUUUUAUUUGCAUUCCUUUCCUCUUUUGCCUGCAUUUCCACUCCUGAUAUCAUUAACACCGCUGUAGAUUAACAUCAUCUACUGUCAUUCAUUUCCUCUCUCUGUGAUAUCCAGAGCAUUCAUUUAUUCCAUGCUGUGCCUCUGCUCUGCUUGUUCAUCCAUUCAAGCUGUUCUUCAGCAUUGCGGUUCUAGGUUUGGGUUUGGUUUGGUUUGGUUUGAUCAUUUUCUUGCAUGUAGUCCUUAGAAACACACAAAAAGUUGUUUCCUUUAGCCUGUACGAGCAUUCUGGUAUAAUUAAAAAUUGGUUUUCAAUUUGUUCAUUGAUAAGUGACCUCACAGCUGAGAUGCCAAAGUUCAGGAAAGGUCACUGAGCCACAGGAUGAUGUAACAAAUCAGACACACAGCUGAUGCCACUCAUUGGAGCAACCAUUUGACUCCCAGAGCAAAUGAAGAUUUAGGCUGCAGUCAGGCAGGAUCCGACAAUGCGGCGCCUUCCCACAGGAUUGUGCGUAAGUGUGGGUGUGUUUAGUUGUGCUGUAGAAAGUAAUUGUUGUGAAACAAUCAGAAAAUAAUGUAUUAUUUCUCUGCUUUGCUAACGCUGCUCCCUCUCUUCAUUCAGCCUCUAGCUCACUUGACCGCCGCUGCUCAUUCUCUCUCCCUAGUGCUGUCAGGUCACUUGUACUCUUAUUUUCUCUUUUGUUUUUUAAAUGAGUUGGGAAGCUGACAACUAAGUCUAGUUUUUCACUGCAGUGUGAAGUUGGGGUGCAUACCACGAAUUUCAUUUUGUUUCAAUUUAAUUUUGUUUGUUUUUUUGUUUUGUUUUGCUGAACCCCAUUCUGUACACACUCCCGCAGCUUUUAAUGUGCUACCCCGUUUAAAUGAAUGGGAGGACUGGUGUUUUCUGACAUUGCCAGAUUCUGUCUGAAUGCAGCCUUAGGAAGAUACACUACUCUAAAUCUUCAUUGUAGACCACAGUAUGUCACUUUGGUUAAUGGGAGUGGGAUGGGAUGUGACUUGUGGGAUUAUUUGAUCGUUGUGGAAUGAGUAGUACCAACAUUUCAUACAGUUUUGCAGUUACCAAUAUUAUGGCUAGAGGAUUAUUUCUUAGAGAUAUUGUUAUAAAUGGCAUGGUUCUACCCAGUCAGCAGGGUAUUUCAUGUUAAGUGGGGUGGGAGGAGGGAGUUGAAACCUAUAUUGCUGGACCAGGCUGUUCCAGGGUUAGACCUGUAGUGUUUUAACUACUAUAAAAGAUUAUCAUAACAUGCUGUUGGAAACCUAUUCAGUGCAGGAUUUGUCUACAGGUGUAUAGGCUAAUGGCAAUACUGUGGGCUUGAUCUGACUGUAAUUAAAUAUGUUUAAUUCAGUGAGACACAGAAAAAGAGAGAUUGGCCAACACAAUUUCCACCAUUUGUAAAAUAGCAUUUAUUACAGAUGCUAUUUUUGCUCUUUUUUUUGCUAUAUUUUUGCUCUGGAUUUUUGAACUGCAGCUUUGACAGUUUUAAAAAGAUGUGAUUUUGUAUGGCUCUUAAAGACCCCUGCUUUUAACAUUCCCCAGUCUUAUGUUUGAUCUAAUUUUCCCUUGAAUUUAGAAAAACAGCACAGUUUUUGAAAACCUAAGCAUUUCUUCCAUUUGAUCAGUGUUCCUCUCUCUCUUUCUCUGUGUUGUGUGACAGCCCUGCUACGAUCCUGUGAGUGCUGUAUUAUUGCGUGCCGUGGUCAUACCUCAUUCCUGUGUUAAAAUUCACUCGGAGGGAAUCUACAGCACAGUGCUGUGUUACCAUGUAAUGCAUAUGCACUGAUUUCUACCAUUGGUACUAUUGAGAAAAAAAAAAAAAAACAAUUACUCAACACUACUCUGCUGUUGGAAACACAAUGGACAUUGUUGUGUUGAUUUGGAUUUUUGUGGAAAUAUUGAAACUGACAAUGUUUGGAGAGUUUAGUGUGAGCGUAAGAGAACGGGUAUGAGGUGUGUUUCGCUGUUUGCUGCAUUCCUCAUUUCAUUUCUGGUAAUGCUUAAUGAUGAACUGGAUUGCUUUCUGCAAUAAAAGAAUAUACUUAAACA